UCACCAGAAGUUGUUUCGCCCCUCCACGGCGACUGCUUGAUCUCUGUAUUGCUGACCAAAGACGACAACGUGGAAGGCGAUGAUGUAGUUUUUUAUCUGGUGUUUACUGGGUCUGCCGUCCAACACUGCACAAGUACUAGGAAGGUCACUUCAGGGACAUUAGAGACAAUUGCUCCUGGCCAUGACUGCUGCGAGACAGUGAAAGUUUCUCUGUGUGCUGCCAAGCAAGGCUUCCCUGUUCUAGUGGUGGCUGAAGGCAGCUUCCAGUUCGUUCAGGAUGAAGCUUACGAUGCUGCUCAAUUCUUAGCAACCUGUGCGGGCAACCAGCAAGCUCUGAACUUCACAAGGUUCCUGGACCGGUCCAGACCACCCUCUGGAGAUGUGGAAUUCCUCGAUGAGAAAGUGGCCUUGGCUUUCCGUCACCUGAAGUUACCAACAGGAUGGAAUGUACUGGGGGCAGAUCAUAAUCUAAAUGAGAACGUUCCCCGGGAGACGUUGAUGCACUUUGCAGUGAGGCUGGGUCUUCUGCGUUUGACGUGGUUCCUCUUACAGCAGCCCGGGGGGAGAGGAGCGGUCAGCGUCCCCAACAGCGAAGGAGCCACGCCUGUCAGCCUGGCCUUGGAGAGGGGCCAUCACAAGCUACAUCAGCUGCUGACACAGGAAGCAGCCAGUGAACCGGAUUCCUGGAGUACCUUGUCUCACACAGUGCUUUCUGAAGAGUACUCCGUGAAGUACCACCGGGGCCUGGACAUCUACACUUUGACGGCUGAAGUGAAACGAGGAACUGGGUCUGGCAUGGAGAACAACAUAAGCUGUCUCCAAACCUUUAUUCAGAGCUGCCAACACACGACUGUGAGCGAACACCCACAUCCUCCACCAAAGAGCACUUUCAAGAGCGGCUGUUCAAACACCAAGUCAGGAGGCCCUGCAGCUGCUUCAGACCACAAUACUGAAGAAGGAAACGGAGCAGGUCUGUCUGCCUCAGCGAAUCUCAACGUGAUGCCGAUCUUGGUCCCUGCCUGCCCCAAAGAGGAGGGCUGCAAGCAACCGGAGGAGCCCUUGAGCACGCCGCAAAGUUUGGGAAGCCCACAGGGUGCGGAAGAACCGGAGUCUGUUCCCUAUGAUCAAAACAAAGUCAGCUUGCUUCACAAAGAGGAAGAGGAGGAGCCAUCCGCUGCUGUAAAUUCUGGAGAAAUACCGGAUACCAGUGACAGCAAGCUCAGCUCAGGGGCCAGACUUGAGGGUGCCGUGGAACUCCCAUGUUCUGGAGCAAAGCAAAAGGGAAUUGGAAUGAACUCCUCCGAUCGGGGGCUGGAGAAAGGCAGCCUGGGUGAGCAGAGUAAUUUGCACCAGGAGGUAGAAGCGGUUGAAGGAAGAACCACUGGAAGGAGCUGUGAGCUGCCCACUUCCUGUGAUGCAGGUAUGGGGCAAGCAGAAUGCAAGAGUUGUACGGGGACUGCCGUGGUACAGCACGGUGCGGAGAACGGGAAGAGUAACAGCAGUCCCUCUGAAACUCAAGCUGUGGAAGUAUCUGCAGCCACGUGGACGGAUCCUGCCACAUCCUGUUUUGUAGAUGUCAGUGGGGUUGCUGCCUGCAGAGAUGGGGAGAAUGUACCUGAGCGACCAGGGGGCCCUCAAAACAAUGGAAACUUAGGAACAGACACAAACACUGGUCCCAUUGAGUCUGGUGGUUGCAGAACGGUGGGGGCAGACCUUCAGACCGAUACUGCAAGACAUUUAGGGGAUCCCAAGCUCUUAGUGAAGGAAGUGCAGAAGUUGGCUUCAGGUCCUGAAACGGAAGCCGUGGCGAUGAACACGGCACCCAAACGCGAUCGCCUUUUGGAGGCGAAUGAGAGCGAGGAGCAAGCCGUGAUUGGGGGUGCUGGGGUGGCAGUUACAGAUUUGAGGACCAGUGUGCAGAAUGAUAACUCUAGUGCCAACGUGGAAGAUGGCAGGCCUGGUGUGGAGCCUGAGGCUGCUUGUGCCGGCAGUAGGAUAGGAGAGUUUGUGGGUAGCUUGCAGGGCGAGCAAAUAACCUCCCGGAGAGCGGCACUAGGAACUGAAACGCCAAGCUGUAGCUGUGGGGGAAGUGCUGAUUUGACCAGCCUCCAUCAGGGGGAGGUUGCUGCAUGCCACAGUCCGAAAGCAGGGGUUGGGAAAGAUGAUUUUGGCAGCUCUUCUGAACUGUGCACCAGCCCUGCCGUUGUCUGUGGGCCAGUUCCGAGCUGUCUGAGCCCUGCGAUGUCAUCCCCUGCCAGAGAAGAGCCCCCUAAAAGCCCGGAGGUUGUUGAAACCCACUGCAAGCUGGACGGGUCCAGCCAAAGCACCGAAAAUAAAAUCCUGGCCGUGGCUUCUGCCUUGCUGGAGGAGGUGAUCCAACAAGCCCAGCUGAUCGUUGCCCGGGUUGUUGACGCCACAGCGGCCCCUGCUGGCCAGGAGGCAUCCCUGCACCCAGAGGCUCUGGCCCUACCUUUGCGUGGUGAGGGCACAGAGUGUGUGCAGGGUAAUUUACUGGGCACACCCUCUGCUAUUCAUCCUAAAGAAUCUAAACAAAACCAGGAAGUUGCCGAAGAGGCAGCCACCCAGCUGACUGCAGUUGUCGAACAGGGAAGCCCUCUGCCCGAUGAGCCGCCCGCGGGGACGUGCCUGCCUGUGGAUCAGCCGGAAAAAAACAAAGAGGGCAGCUCUCCCUCUCAGCCAUCUUCCAGCAAACUGGGGCAGGAGCGGCCUGGCGAGGCGGAGUGUUUUUCCGAGGCCCCGGCAGUGGAGGCUGUUGCACAAUCUCCUCCCUGUGAUCAGAGCGAGGAGCUCCCAGAGAGCCACGGGAACGCCGAGCCCGGAUUAAAGGUGGGAGCCUGCGGCCUGGAGGCGGGGGAGAAUGUGAGAGCGGGUGCCGCCGCGGGUGGCUUGCAAGGGCCUGCGCUGCUGGAGGGCACCUCCGCGUGUGCCGAUGGGGCUCCCCGUCCUCCUGACAUCAUGCUGAGCCAAGAAGCAGAGCCCGGCCCCAGUCUGCAGGCCAGCCCUCCGCCCUGCAGGGGUUCCUUUCUCUUAGAAGCUCCUCUGCUCAUUGGUGAGCUCCCCACACCGGCCGGGGUUCCUCACACUGGGGGGGAGGAGGAGGUGGGAAAUGUGUCCCCCAGGCCAUUGCUCCAGCCGAUUGCUGAGGAGCCCCUGGGGGACUGUGACUCUGGCCCUGAAGGGUUCUUUUCGGCCAGCGAGGAGGGACCUGAGCCUGAAGCUGCCCCGCUAGAAGUCGUGGCUCAGCCUAACGGGAGCAAAAGGAAAGCCGAGCCGGAAUCCCACCUUUCGGCACCGCCACCCUCUACCCCCGUGGAAAAAGUGGGAGCCAAAGAUUCUGUCCAGACUGCAGAUGUUAACUUUCUUGAGCAGACGGCAGGAAACCCCGAUCGAGCUACAGUGCCGCAUGGUUCCUUGGGAUCGGUAGCUGGAAACCCCAUGGAAACUCCCCCCCUCAUGGAAUUUAGGCCUGAUGACCAGCACAUGACGGAUGCUGUCCCCAUCUCUGAUGGAGAAAUGGAUCUGAGUUUGCUGUCUGGUGGACCGAUGAAGAGGGUGGAAAACCUGGAGGCGGCGAGACCCUCUCCUGUUACAGACUCUUCGGAGGUGAAAACUGAAGAGGAGAUGGAUUUUUUGCAAGGCCUCACAGAGAACGCCACUUCGGAAGCAAUCAUUAAUCGUGAGAGCUGGUGCCCCGUUGAACCUUCCCCGGAGCCUUCACUGCUGGAACCAAAAUGUGCUUGUAAUUCAGCGGAAAGAAGUAGUUUCCUGGAAGACGAACUAAGUGGGGAUUGCACCUUGACACGAGAUCUCCUUAAAAGGGAAUCUGGGAGCAAGUCUGACUUCUUCCCUCUGCCAAGUGAUGGGAUGGAUGAAAUCGACUUUGGAAAGCACGAAGAGGAGCCGUCUGCUGGAGACAGUACGAGUUCUGGCUCCUCAGCAGAUGAUACGAUAUCCCUGGAAAGGAACUCUUCCCUAGGGAGUGACAUUUCGCUCCCCCUGACUGUGAACCCCCCCAGGCCCCAGGCCCAGUAUGGCCUGGACGGCGGCAGCUGCCAUGUGGCCAGCGGCGAGGGACCCGACGGCGAAUUUGCUGUCACUGGAGAGCUGGAGGAAGAGCUUGACAGCAUCACAGAGGUGCCUCCGCACUCUUCUGUCCUGAGGAGUUCUAUGAGACCGUCGUCCCCUUUCCGCCGACACAGCUGGGGCCCAGGAAAGAACGCCAGCAGCGAAGCCGAGGUCAACCACAGGAGUUCAAUGCGAGUGCUGGGAGAUAUUGCAAGGAAGCCUCCCACCCACAGGAGAAGUUUGAGCUGGUGUCCCUCUAGUGUCCAGUGCAGUGCCAUGGGUGAUGACUUAAAUGGUCGAAGUUACAGCUUGGAAGGCCUUGCAGGAGAGACCGACCAUAUUAAGAAGCCUUCCUCGAGUCUUGAUACGGCAUCGCUGAACACCAAAGGCCUCCAGCAAAGCCCCCUGGCCAAUGAUGAGCGGGGGUCAUUGGUCUCCUUGACCGAAGAGGAACUGGAAUCUGAGCAAGGGGAAGUGAGAGGUUUUGACCUCCAGAGAUGCAAAAGAUCCCAGCCACGUGCCUUCAGCUUCUGUACACACCCCGUGGCUUCCCCGCUGACCAAGUCCACGUCCCUAAUGGCCAUCACCCAAGCUGGACCAGACACCCAGGGACGAAUUCGGCCAUCCAGACGCAUCUCCUUCGCCUUCAGCAUCUCUCCGCUCAUUCCUAAGUCUAAAACUGUCUUUUCUAUUGGCUCUUCUUCCAGUGAAGAGGAGGAGGAGUUGGCUAGCAGUCGACCUUUUGGUGGCAGCGGUAGCAACGGCGUCCCUCAAAGCAUUUGUGAGGAGAGCUGCAGUUUCCUGCCUCCCAGUCCCUCUAGGAAAGACCUGGAAGGCAAAAGUGGAACGAAAGUGAGUCGGACUUUCAGCUACCUGAAGAAUAAAAUGUCCAGCGGCAAGAAGAGCAAAGAAAAGGAGAGAGACAAGGAGAAAACGAAAGAGAGAGAUUCCAAGGAGAAAGACAAGGAUAAGAAAGCCGUCAAUGGACACGCCUUCAGCACAAUCCGAAUGGUGGGACCCAUUGUUUGUUACCACUGUUCGAAGACUUUCAACAAGGAUUCCUUUGUAUGUUCAAAUUGUGAUAUCAUCGUCCAUAAAAGCUGCAUGGAGACCGUCCUAGCUUGUGGCAAGGCCAAACCGAAGAAAGGUGGCCUUCAGACGCACGAUACAUCCUCGUUACCUACAGUAAUUAUGAGAAAUAAGAGUUCCCAGCCAAAGGAGAGACCUCGGUCUGCCAUUCUGGCCCCGGAGGAGACCGCUGCUCCCCCCGCCUUCAACAGCAGGAGAUCCCAGCAGAACAUGUCACUUUCCAAAAGUGUCUCCAUUCAGAACAUCGCUGGAGUUGGAAAUGAUGAAACCGUACUACACACUUGGAAGUUUCUUUCUCAGUCUACAGACUCCUUGAAUAAGAUCAGCCGAGUGAAUGAAUCCAUGGAGUCAUUAACAGAUGAAGAUGUUUCUGAUGCUGCAGCAGAGCCUUGA